AAUCGUUAAAGUUACCAGAACAAAACGCCAAGCUUGCGCGAAAGACAAACUAAUCCGGAUAAAGUUGCUCAGAAGAAAAAACGAUCCGGGAUAAGCAAAGUUCAGGAAAAAAUUUUCCAGUCCCCUCUACCAACUCGCAGGCAGUAAUGGAUUCUCUACGGCUUCCAUCUCUCAAUGCUCUCACAGUUUCACAUUCCAGCUUUCAAAAAGAACAGAGAGCUAAAUUUUCGGGAAAGUUGAAUUACUUCAACUCUUCAAUGCCACCUUCUCUGAUACUCAGCCCCCCUUUUAGAACUCUCAAUCGUCAUAGGCAGCAUAGGAGGGUUAUGCAAAUGCAAGCUGCAGAUGAAGACUAUGAUUUGAAGCAAAUGAGAGAUAUGGCUGCUGCAAAGAGGAGAUGGGACGCUAUGAUUAGGGAAGGAAAAGUUAAUGUUCUUACACCAAGGGAAGCAGGUUAUGCAAUUCAACUCAAUAACAAAACCUUACUGGAUGUUCGACCCUCAGUUGAGAAGAAAAAGGCAUGGGUUAAAGGCUCAACUUGGAUUCCAAUCUUUGAAGUUGAUGAUAGAUUUGAGAUGGGAACUAUUUCAAGAAAGAUCACAAAUUUUAUAAUGGGAGGCUGGUGGAGUGGUGUGCCUUCGUUGUCUUAUGAUAACCAGUUCUUAUCAAAGGUUGAGGAGAAGUUUCCAAAAGAUGCAGACCUGAUAGUUGCAUGCCAGAGAGGAUUGAGAUCUCUAGCUGCUUGUGAGUUGCUGUGCAAUUCUGGUUACAGAAACCUUUAUUGGGUUCAAGGGGGCCUUGAGGCUGCUGCAGAAGAGGAUCUUGUCAUAGAAGGUCCUCAGCCUCUUAAGUUUGCUGGAAUUGGUGGGGUUUCUGAAUUCCUUGGAUGGACAGAUCAACAAAGAGUUGCAGCUGCCAAAGAAGGUUGGGGUUAUCGAUUAUUAUUCUCUGCGCGUCUGGUUGGAAUCUUUCUUGUUGCUGAUGCCUUGUUUCUUGGUGUUCAGCAAGUAAGUCGCUAUAUUCAGGAUAUAAGGUCACACUGAUCUGGGCUUGAAGGUAUUUGAGCAAUAUGAACCUGAUAGAACAUUGUUCUCAAUAACAGAAUAGAAUCCAGAGAUUCACAGCGAAUCCCAAUUUUGGAACCAAUAGUAUGGUACAAAGUUAUGCACAUGACUGGUCAUUAUUUGUCCUAUUACUCAUAUUUUAUCCGAUCCAUACAUCGUAUGUAGGCAUGGAUUCCUUCGGUGUAAUGUGAUGUAUAUGGUCUGUUAGUUAUGCUACUUAUAUAUUUUACUUAGUAGUGAUCUGAGAGAUGCCGUAUUAUUUCUCUCUGGAGCUUUGA